GCGAUCCCUCGGUCCCGGCGCGGAGCGGGAGGCCGCGGCGGGGGGAGGCGGGCCCAGCGCCGCCCGCGCGAGGGGGGCCACUCGCCCCAGACAGGUGAUGGGCGUUUCGGCUGCGCUCCGGAUCGACUCCUUGGGUUUCACUUUGGUCUGAUCUAAGCAAAUAUGCAGAAGUACCGGCUGGUCUAGUCCUGAGAGCCAAGAGGAGCCGAGCGAGAGCAGAAGAGAGGAGAGCGGCCACGCUCCCGUAGCGAGGGGAACGUACAAACAGCGGCAGCGCCGUAAUUAAACCACCGCCGCCCCGAGGCAGCCCCGACCCGCCCUGGAUGCGGAGGACCCUCGAACCACCCCGCUGCCUUUCCCCUGAGGGAUGGUACUGAAUUUCUGCGCGGCAGGAGCCGGCCUGCAGCUCCUCUCCAUCAGCGUUGCCUUCCCUCCGUGUCCAAAGUGCACUAGACCGCGAUGAGGACCUGGGCUUGCGUUUUGCUGAUAGGUUUUGGCUACCUGUCCUUUACCUUCUCCGAGGAGGCCGAGAUCCCGCAGGAGCUCAUCGAGCGGCUGGCGCACAGCGAGAUCCACAGCAUCCGCGACUUGCAGCGCCUCCUGGAGAUUGACUCCGUAGGGUAUGAUGAUGUUUCAGAAACAAACUUGAGAUCUUACAGUGUGCAUUCUGCUAAACAUGUGCAAGAGAAUCGUCCUGUGCCCAUUCGCAGAAAAAGAAGCAUUGAGGAAGCCAUCCCGGCUGUCUGCAAAACACGGACGGUUAUAUAUGAGAUACCUCGGAGUCAGAUUGAUCCCACCUCUGCCAACUUCCUGAUAUGGCCACCCUGCGUGGAGGUGAAACGCUGCACUGGCUGUUGCAACACCAGUAGUGUGAAAUGCCAGCCGUCGCGAAUACAUCACAGAAGCGUCAAGGUGGCAAAAGUGGAAUAUGUUAGAAAAAAGCCAAAAUUAAAAGAAGUUCUGGUGAGAUUAGAAGAGCACAUGGAAUGCACCUGUACAUCAUCAAAUACUAAUUCAGAUUAUAGAGAAGAAGAAACUGGCGAGACCGAGGCAUGGAGAAAUGACUGUGCAAGGUCACACAGCAAGGCUAUGGCAGAACCAGGGAUAGGAUUCAGAUCUGAGUGCUCAUCCAGUGCCCUAAAUCCCACGACCAUCUUCCCUUUCCAAGAAUGAAUCCUUGCACCCUUAGAGCUAAAUACUGAAAAGAUUGAGGCUGCAUUUUUGAGGAGAGAGAGAGAAAGAUGGCUAGGCUUGCAGUAACAUGUUGUGCCGUCAUAAAUGCUACAGCCACCAUCUGUUUCCAGCCCACGACUUGAAAGAAAACUGAGCAGUAAUCUCAUAAUUCACAUGAGCAUUUUACACUUGUGAACCCUUCCCAACCUUUGUCUAAUAAUGAGGGGAGUGCAUGGUGCUAAGGUUUGUAUUUUUCCUGCACGUUUUAGUGUUUAUUUCUAUGUCUUGUUCUGUUUUGUUGUUUGUUGUUUUUUUUUAAUUCCAUGAGCCCAUUAAAAAAAAAUUAUCUGGGAGGAAAAUCACACCAGUUCCACAGUCAAAAGAAACAUAAUAAAGGUGAAAUCCCAGUUCUAUUGACCUUGCUGGCAAAAUUCUCCAGGAGGAGGUGCAUUUGACAGUUCUCACCAUGUGUGUUUUAGUUACUUGUUGAUUAAAAGAAAGACAUCAGAAAGUGAAGAAGCAGGUUGCUGAACUGCUCUUUCCCUGCAGGAACAGAGCUGCUAGAGUAGCUGGACAUGCGUGUUUUAAACCCGCACCAUCAGAUAGGGUAGCAAGGGUAGGUUGGAUUUUAAUGAAAACAAAUUCUUCUGCUAAUCUUCGCUUCGGGCUGGCCCUCCGUGGGAUUAAGGAUACCACCUGCUGUGCCAAAGAAAGACGUGCUCAGGUUUGAGGCUGAUGGUGGGUGGGAAGAACACAAACAUCUGAGAGAGACUCUGGUGAGCGAUCGCAGUCUGUCCUGUUGCAGAGCCCUCAGGGAAGCUGAGGAGUUGAGAUCAUUUAGUUGAUGGAAAUACUGCUCCCCUCCAGCCUGCAAAGCAAGGGUAACAUCGUUAAGGAUUUCUUUUUGACUGUUCUGCAAAACCAAGGGCUGCUCUUUCUCUGGGCCUCCUCUCAUCUUUGGACCCAAUUUGCACACCUCCUCCUAGCACAGCCAAACUGACUGAGCGAACUCCUGCUCUCCUCUGGCCUUAGAACCAAUGACUUUCAUCUCAACCAGACUACAGACCAGUUUAAGGGUGAAAGGGCUUCUCAUUUCACAUAUCCCACUGCUGCUAGAACUUUAAAUCUUCGAUGGACUGAGUUUAGAACAAGCUGCUACUGCAAGCAAGUGAAAUUUAUUUUGUGUUGUCAUGUGUAUGGUCAAACUGUCCAAGAAGUUGCCAAACAAAGAACUGAGCUGCUGAUGGGCAAUCCAUUCAAUCUCAUUAUAUUUAAAAAUAAUAAAUAACUAUCAAAGGAGCUGAUUUUGACAUGUGCUACCUGUUGGGUGAUCCUCAAUAUCUCCCAGAUAUGUCUGUAAGUGGAAGAAAGCUGCCAGAUGUUGCCAGGUCCAGUGGAUAUGACGUCAAGUUCCAACAAGAAAAGGUUUGUGGGCUCACUAGGGUUGGGGAUAGGUUAAGGGUGACCUAUUUUUUAUCACUACUUGCUGUUCUGAAUGUGUUUUGUCAGGUACCAAAUGUGCACAGAGGCCACAUCCAGUCACGCUGACCUCUGCUUGGGUCUAUGACAAAGCUUCCAAUUUGAUCUGUAUGGCUGUGGUUCUUCUGUCUUGCAAUUUGAUCAAAGCUGGAUUGUUGGUGGAUCUCUGGGCGCUAGAAAGCCAGACUCGUGUCUAUUUUGGUGCCUUGUGAUAGUCGAUGAACUAAAAAGGGGAUAGCAGAAACUCUCAACCUGUUGGGAUCUGAGUCACGUGUAUUUCUGUAUCAUUUUCUUACAGAGCAAAGGAGCCUGAAAAGUUACCUUAUUUUUUGCCUUGCUGAUUAAUUGUAGCUGGGGGUAUUGGGAGCCGUUGUGUUAAAUGGCCUUCACUUACUCCUGUCAUCCUGCUGGGUUUGUUCUCUGCAGCCUCUCACCCUCUUGUCUGUAGUUCAUGGCCAAGUCUGGAGCGUCUCCCCUGCACACGUGCUGGUAGGAGCCUUCUCCCUGCUGGUGCACACGUUGUGCUCUUUGGUAUCCGUGGAGUUAUAAGCAUCUUUCCCAAUUCUUGUUUUUGCCUGAGAGAGGGAGAGACAGGGGGCACGGGAAGGGCAAAGGCAGAGAAGGCCUCUGACAUGAAAUUCCCAGGAACAGGAUUUGCACAUUUUAUGACCGUUCAGAUGGAAAUACAACGGAGCUGAAUUAUUCCUCCUUAAUCCUGCUUUCUCACUUUCCUCCCAGCAGCCUCCUCCCCUCAAGCUUAGGUAAUACAGAAGCUUAUAAAC